AAAAUGAGAGGGCUAUAUACUGAGAAUCAACAUAACACUCUCUUCCUCUCACUGCUCUCACUAACAUGUCUAUGCAUUCAGGCAACAGCAACAGCAACAGCAACAGCGUCAACCUCCACAACACAGCAACUCAUGCACUUCAAAAACUCCCUCCCCAACCCAUCACUCCUCCAUAAUUGGCUACCAACCAAACCCCAAUGUUCAUUCACAGGAAUCACCUGUACUCACCACCACAUCACUUCCAUAGACCUCACCUCAAUUCCCCUGUCCACAACAUUCUCCGUCAUCUCCACACACUUACUCACACUCCCACACCUUCACCACCUCACUCUCAAAUCCACAAACCUCACUGGCACUCUCUCUUCGCUCUCCAACACCACUCUCACAACCCUUCACCUCUCCCACAACUCCCUCUCUGGUCAACUCUUUGACUUUCCCCUCACUUUGCGCCUCCUUGACCUUUCCUCCAACAACUUCUCUUCCAACCUCUCUUCCUUCCCUCAGUGCUCUUCUUUGGAAUACCUCGACAUCUCGGACAACUAUUUCUCCGGCGAUCUCUCUGUCUCUCUUUCUCCCUGUCACAACCUCGUUUACCUCAAUGUCUCCGGUAACCGAUUUUCCGGCACUGUCCCGGUUCUCCCCGCUGCUUCCCUUAAGUUUCUUUAUCUCGCAGGAAAUGAUUUCCGGGGAGAAUUUCCGGCCGGGCUUGCGGAGUCCUCGCCGGGGCUGGUUGAACUCGACCUCUCCUCGAACAAACUCUCUGGCCAGUUGAGGGUUGAAACCUUCGCCGAAAUGAGGAGCUUGAAGAAGCUUUCCCUUUCGUUCAAUGGAUUCUCGGGUCCGUUGUCGGAAUCUCUAUCGGAAUUAACGAGUUUGGAGUCUCUGCAUUUGAGUUCCAACAACUUUUCGGGUUCGAUACCGAGAGGGUUUUGUGAAAACGGUAAAAUCAGUUUGAAAGAACUGUAUUUGCAGAGCAACAUGUUAUGGGGUUCGAUUCCAAGUACACUUGGUAACUGUUCGGAGCUUGUUGCAUUGGAUUUGAGUGUGAAUUACUUAAAGGGUAGCAUUCCUUCGAGUUUGGGGUCUCUUUCGAAGCUUCGUAGUUUGAUCAUUUGGAUGAACAAUCUUCAUGGAGGAAUACCACAAGAGUUGAUGCAUAUGAAAAGCCUUGAAAAAUUGAUUCUUGACUUCAAUGAGUUGAGCGGUGGCAUUCCUUCUGGCCUAAGCAACUGCACGCGCCUGAAUUGGCUCUCACUGUCGAAUAACCAGCUCGCUGGCGAUGUUCCGGCGUGGAUUGGCCGGCUCUCUAGCCUUGCAAUACUUAAAUUGAGUUAUAAUAGCUUCUCCGGGAGGAUACCCGCGGAGCUCGGCGAUUGCCGGAGCUUGAUAUGGUUGGAUAUGAAUACUAACAUGCUGAGUGGGGCAAUUCCUGCUGAGUUGUUUAAACAAUCUGGUAAGAUUGCGGUUAAUUUCAUGAGUGGGAAGAAAACAUUGGCGUAUGUGAGGAAUGAUGGGAGUAAGGAGUUUCAUGGGGCUGGGAGUUUGUUGGAGUUUGAAGGGAUAAGGCAAGAGCAAUUGAAUAGCAGGAUCUCAAAGUGGAAGUUCAAUAGAGUUUAUCCUGGUAAGCCUCUUAGUUUUGACCAUAACGGUUCCAUGAUUUUCUUGGAUGUGUCACAUAAUAUGUUGUCUGGUAGUAUUCCUAAGGAAGUUGGAAGUAUGUACUAUUUGUUCAUCUUGAAUUUGGGGCAUAACAAUAUAUCUGGAGAAAUCCCACAAGAGGUUGGGAGGUUGAGAAAUCUUGGCAUACUUGAUCUCUCUAACAAUAGGCUUGAAGGACAGAUUCCACCAACCUUGACACACCUUUCCUUUCUCACUGAAAUUGAUUUGUCCAAUAACUAUCUAUCAGGGUUGGUUCCUGGAUCUGGACAGAUUGCUGCUCUUCCUGCUAGUGGAUUCCUUAAUAAUUCUGGUCUGUGUGGAGUUCCUCUCCCUCCAUGUGGCAAAGACUCGGGAAAUAGUCCUAGUGCAAGUGCUCAUCAUAAGAAGUCUCGGUUAAAUCUUGCAGGGAAUGUGGCCAUGGGUUUGCUGUCUUCACUCUUUUGUGUCUUUGGUUUAAUUAUAAUUGCCAUUGAGGCAAGAAAGAGGAGGAAGAAAAGGGAAGCUGCCCUUGAUGUCUAUGUUGACAGUCGUCCUCAUUCGGGGACAGCCAAUGUUGGGUGGAAGCUUGCCAACCCACGUGAGGCGCUUAGCAUAAACCUUGAAACGUUUGAGAAGUCACUUCAAAAGCUUACCUUUGCUGAUCUUGUUGAAGCUACCAACGGCUUUCACAGUGACUGCAUUGUUGGUUCUGGUGGUUUUGGUGUUGUGUACAAGGCUCAGUUAAAGGAUGGGAGUGUCGUGGCCAUCAAAAAACUGAUGCAUGUUAGUGGACAAGGGGAUAGGGAAUUUACUGCUGAAAUGGAAACCAUAGGGAAAAUCAAACACCGGAACCUUGUUCCCCUUCUCGGCUACUGCAAGGUUGGAGAAGAAAGGCUUUUGGUUUAUGAGUACAUGAAAUAUGGAAGCCUAGACGUUUUGCAUAACCAAAAGAAAGCUGGGAUCAAGCUGAAUUGGGCAGCAAGGAAGAAAAUUGCAAUUGGAGCUGCCAGAGGAUUGGCCUUUCUUCACCACAAUUGCACUCCACCAAUAAUUCAUAGAGACAUGAAAUCAAGCAAUGUUUUGCUUGAUGAAGACUUGGAAGCUAGAGUUGCUGAUUUUGGAAUGGCAAGACGUAUGAAUGCUAUGGAUACUCAUUUAAGUGUCAGCACACUAGCAGGAACUCCUGGUUAUGUUCCUCCUGAAUAUUAUCAAAGCUUUCACUGUACCACUAAAGGUGAUGUUUAUAGUUAUGGUGUGGUUUUAUUGGAGCUGCUUACAGGAAAAAAGGCAACGGAUUCAACUGAUUUUGGUGAUGACAAUCUUGUGGGAUGGGUUAAACUACAAGCUAAACUGAAAAAAAGUGAUGUUUUUGAUCCAGAGCUGAGGAAAGAGAACCCCACUCCUGAGGUUGAGCUUGCUCAGUACUUGAAUGUUGCUUUUGCUUGCUUGGAUUAUCCACCGUUGCAGCGUCCCUCGAUGAUUCAAGUGUUAGCAAGGUUUAAGGAAAUCCAAGCAGGAUCUACUCUAGAUUCCCAUUCUACCAUAGCCACUGAAGAUGGAGGUUUUGGUGCUGUUGAAUUGGUAGAAAUGAGCAUAAAAGAAGCCCCUGAAUUAAGCAAGAAAUAGGCUACAAUUUUAGUAAAAUUUAGGAACAUUCUUUUGGAGGCAAAAGAAGAGGAAGGAGAUGUUGCCAUCAGAUCAGCUCCUAAAACACCUUUUAAAGAAUUUUAGAAAAGAGAACGGAUAAAAUGGUAUUGCUACCUGUUUGUAACUCUUAACAUCUGAUGUCUGUAAUAUUGUUACUUCUAAAAAGGUGUUUAUUUUGUGAUAAAUUUGUAUAUAAAAUAUCUUCCAUUAUGAACCUUUUUUUAAAAUAUUUUUAUGAAGUACUUCCCAG